AUGGACAUUGAAAUUUGAAAAAGUUCAGCAGUCUCGAAAAAAUGAGCGCAAAAAAGCUACACUUAACCUUCUUUACUAAACCAGUAAAUUGACUUGUUGCGAUGCAGUCGAUCCAAGCUCUACAACCCUCUGGUCAAAGGAACAAAGCUAUACCGCCUGACCCGAAAAAAAUCAAACUCAAGUUUGAUUAUAUACCUAGUCCAGAUGGCAUUGAUUUAAAUCUACUCGUUUUAUUACACGGUUUAGGUACUAUGACUUGAAGCGAUUCUUGAUUAGAAAGGGAUAGCACAACUGACACAAUAAAGGUUAGCGUAGGUGAUUCAAAAACACCCUUUACAAAGCUUGGUCAACAGUUGAAAUACCCGCAAACAGCCAUUUUAUCAAUUCAAGCGCCUGAGCCAGUACCUUACAUGGAAGAAUGUAACCAAUGGUUUCCCAGCUUUGAUAUAAUGACUGGGUAUUUAUUGCCAGCAGGAAACCCUAUGCGGAUGAAGGGAUUGAAACGGACACGUGCACUAAUGGAAGAAUUAAUAGAUCAUCUUAUCCAUCAUAGUGGAUUCAACUCUUCCAACAUCUUUUUCUUUGGCUUUUCACAAGGAGGCACAGUUGCUUUGGAUACAUUGCUAUUCAGUAGACAUAAGGGUUUGGGAGGUGUUGUUAGUAUUAGCGGAUAUUUAUUAGAAGAGCAAGAAGAGCACACAGAAAAAGAAAAGUAUGGAGGGUAUAUACUGAUCACCCAAGGUGAAAAAGAUCAAACGAUAGGCGACAAGUCUACAGCAGAGAAAAGAUUUAAAGCUGUUGAAAAAUUCUGUAAGCCUUCAGCUAAAGUAUCUCAAGUUUUCAUCACAAACAAGGAUCACAUAAUGCCAAAAUCAGAAAGUGAAUGGAGAGUGAUCCAUACUUUCUUUGGAAAAUAUAUGCCUAGAAGAAACCUACAAUUGGAAAAUAUGUCGGAUGUUUAUCUAGUGGAUAAUUCUUAGUGUAGUCAAUCAUGCAGAAAAAAGCAAUAAGCAUGGGAACUGUUUGGACAUGAAAGCUGACGUCGACUGGCGUAAGCUCAUCUUACUGCAAAGUGUAGUGGCGUCCCUCUCAUUCCUGACUAAAAGUUGCACAACCCUUUGAAUGCUGUAACUAAUAUUGUCUUGUUUGAGUACUGCAGCUCCUUAUUAAGCACUGUAUUAUCUAUAACAAUAAAGAGCAAAGUUUUAUGAAUUAUGAAAGACAUAGAAUGGAAAGUGGACGAGAAGAAACACGCCUAAAGUAUAAGGGAAAAGACAGCGAAGUUGCACCAUCAUCGUUUUGUAUGAAGAGGAAUGCAGUCAGUAUAUUUGAUUGGUCUACUGCAGGUUUGAUUCAUGCCCACUUAUUCGUGUCAUAAAAACAAUCUAGAAA